AUGGGAACCCGAGGUGAUGUGUAUCCAUUGGGGCUCUGCAUCGCCCUGUGCCUGUGGGGCACCGUGGCCCAGAAUCAUGGCAUACAAGGUACCACUGGGGACUGCAACAGCCAUAUGCUGUGCCCAGCAGACGCCAAGUGUGUGAACAGCACCCACUACACCUGCCUGGAUGGAUACCAGCCACAUGGGAAUCGCUUCUUCAUCGACACAAUGGAGACCUGUGAUGAUAUUAACGAGUGUGUGGAGCCGAGCCUGCCAGACUGCGGACGCAGCGCACACUACACCAACAUGCCUGGGAGUUACUACUGCAGCUGCAUCGAUGGCUACGAGCCCAGCUCUGGGAAAGCCAAGUUCACACAGAGUGAGAACAGCUGCCAGGACAUCGACGAGUGCAACAAGACCCAAGAUAUCUGCCGCUCCAAGGCCACGUGUAUCAACACCAUCGGGAGCUACUGGUGUGAGUGCCGGGCCGGCUACGUCCCCUCCACCAGGAACACGACCCUGUGCCAAGUCCCCAGCAUUAACUCCAGCCCUGAGUUAGAGGGAAUCAAAGAGACGUGCAGGAAUUUCUCUCUGCAGGGAAAGCGGAGCAGCAGAAGCAGCAGUUUUUGCCCUUUCUUUAAUUCAAUGUUAGACAUUUUGAUGUCCAUGUUCGGAGACGGGAAUGUGACGUUAUCACUGGAGAACGUGACUCUCCAUUUCAAUGCUCUCCUGAACAGCACCUCCCUCUGGGAUGGUGGAGAUAAGGAGGAGGUGGGGUCGGCUGUGACGGUCCUGCUGCAGAGCGUGGAACGGGCCGCGCUGGCCACUGCGCUCCGGUCUCCGGAGAGGACAACACAGGACGUGACGACAGAGUCUCUGGCUAUCCAGACGCGGCUCGUCACGGGGAACUGCAGCCAGCACAGCGAGGUCUUCACGCUGAGCGCUCACGAGGAGACGAUGGUUGUGCACUGUGCUACAGUUACCGGGGCAGCUACACAAGCAGGUUUGGGAGCUGCUGCUUUUAUUUCUUACUCCACUUUGGACUCCAUCAUCAGUGCGAGACGUCUCAGCGAGGGAAAUCUACCAGCUGGUGGGAAGCUGGAGAAGAGUCACCUCAACUCCAGGGUGGUGAGUGGGGCCGUCGGAGACGGGAGCCACGUUCACCUCUCCAGCCCCGCAAACUUCACCCUGCGCCACAGACAGGCCAAAAAAGAGGAGGAAGAGGCUCUCUGUGUCUACUGGAAAGUGGUGGCCGAGAGCGGCAGCUGGUCUCUGGACGGCUGCACCGCCGUGCGCACGAACAGCACUCACACCACCUGCAGCUGUGACCAUCUCUCCAGCUUCGCCGUCCUAAUGGCUCCCACCGCAGUGACGGAGAGUUACUCACUAACCAUCAUCAUCUACGUGGGACUGACCCUCUCCCUGCUGUGCCUCUUCCUGGCCACCCUCACCUUCCUCCUGUGCCGCUCCAUCCGCAACGUCAGCACCUCCCUCCACCUGCAGCUCUGCCUCUGCCUCUUCCUGGCCGACCUCCUCUUCCUCACGCAGGUGACCCACCCCGGCAGUCAGGUGGCGUGUGCUGUCAUUGCUGGCCUCCUACACUACCUCUUCCUGGCCUGCUUCAGCUGGAUGUUCCUGGAGGGGCUGCACCUCUUCUUCACCGUCUGGAACCUGCAGGUCGUGAAUUACACCUGCGCCAACCGGUUCAAGAAGAGAUUCAUGUACCCGUUCGGCUACGGAUUCCCAGCCCUGGUGGUGGCUAUUUCUGCAGCGGUGAAUCCUGGUGGCUACGGAACUUCCACACACUGCUGGCUCAGCCUGGACAGAGGCUUUUGUUGGAGCUUCCUGGGCCCAGUCUGUGCCAUAAUCCUGAUAAAUAUAACGUUCUUUUCUCUGACCCUGUGAAUCCUCAGAAACAAACUCUCCUCUCUCAGUGCAGAUGUGUCCACCCUCAGAGACCACAGGUUACUGACCUUUAAAGCCAUCGCCCAGCUCUUCAUUCUGGGCUGCCCAGCAGCCACAGUCAUGGCGUAUUUAUUCACCAUCGUCAACAGCCUGCAGGGAGCCUUCAUCUUCCUGGUGCACUGUCUCUUCAAUCGCCAGGUGAGAGAGGAGUACAGGAGAUGGAUCAAGGGAUUCCGAAUAUCCAGCACAAAAUCUCAGACAUACGAUCUAUCCAUGUCUGCUGUCCCCACCACCAGCACCAAGACGGAGUAACCCUUCUGCCAGGCGAAGUCGGCAGCAACCAGGGCCGGUGUCAAUACCUAGAGGUUCCAGUACAAAACAGAACCAGCUGGAGCCCCUGUGACGCUGCGCUCCAUGUGCUUUAUGAAAAUAUGCUUCUGAAUAGGACAUAACUGGAAUAUACUUUACGCUAAAUACCCCUUGUAUGGUGUCUUUAGAAAGGUUGUAAUCUGCUAAGUGUGUUCAUCCUAUUUGUUUGCAUGUGUUAUUUCUAUAUGUGGAGUUAGGAGACUAAGCUAUAAACUUGCAUCACUGAUGGAAAAAUAUAUUAAGUGGAGGCCAUUAAGGGUGCUCCAGAAACAAUCAGCUGUAAAUGGCCUUAGUUACUUGAAAGCCUCCCUGUAUACGUGUGGGCCAGCCCAUGGGGAAUGGAGACUAGGGGUCUUACAGUGACAUGUAACCAUCUCACCUGAUAAUGAAAUCCAUCUUAAACCUGGUACUUUUCCAUGUAGAAGGAAGGGUGAGCUAUUAUCAGCAGGAGAAAAAAAACGUGAUAUAUACCAUCAUGUGCUAGCGAUGCCCCUCUGCCAUGUACAUUGGCCAAACCGGACAGUCUCUACGCAAAAGAAUAAAUGGACACCAAUCAGACAUCAAGAAUUAUAACAUUCAAAAACCAGUCAGAGAACACGUCAACCUCCUUGGUCACUCAAUUACAGAUCUCAAAGUCGCAAUACUCCAACAAAAUAUAAUUCAGAAACAGAUUCUAAUGAGAAACUGCAGAAUUGGAAUUAAUUUGCAAACUAGACACCAUUAAAUUAGGCUUGAAUAAGGAAUGGGAGUGGAUGGGUCAUUAUACAAAGUAAAAACUGUUUCCCCAGGCUCGUU